CGUAAUGUACAUUUUUUUGAGUAAAAAACCAUUUCGUUGAAAUCUUCUGUUAACAAAGAUAAAAAUCUUGUCUAUUUUUCCAUUUCAUUUUUUUAAAAGAAAGCAAACCACAAAUCAUACAUGCUUCACGUAUCUCUCCGUCUCUUGACUACACACACUCUCUAGUUAUUUGCCACCUUUUUGUUCGUGACUUUCUAAUCUCUCCAUACUAUUUUUGAGCAUAAAAAGACACUAACUGAUUAUUUUCCAACAUUUUCGUUCUCGCCCCAAAAAAUGCCUACCGAAAAAGGGCGAACUAGGAAAUUUUACUCAAGAACUUAUGCUCUGGAGACAAUAAAAGGUGUCAACCUAGCUGGAAAAACAUUUGUGGUUACUGGAACAACUUCAGGAAUUGGAAUUGAAACUGCUAGAUCGUUGUCUUUAAAUGGUGCACAUGUUGUUAUGCUCAAUAGAAACUUGGAAGAAUCGGAGAAAUUGAAAAAGAAGAUUGUUGAAGAGAUGAAUGAUGCCGAAAUUGAUAUUAUUGAGUGUGAUCUUAAUUCGUUGCAUUCUGUGAAAAAGGCGGCAGAAGUUUAUAUUUCAAAGAAAUGGUCGAUUCAUUGUUUAAUCCUAAACGCUGGAGUCUUUGGAACUGCGUCAAAAACUACAGUCGACGGUUUGGAAUCACAUUUUGCCAUCAAUCAUCUUUCUCAUUUUUUGUUAAUCCAAGAACUACUUCCAAUUGUUCGACAGUCGAUUCCUUCUAGAAUUGUUUUGGUAUCUUCAUCAGUUCAUGCAACAUGUGGAGUUUCUCCUGAAAUGUCUAUAGAGGAGAAGUUGAAGAUUCUGUGCCCAGAGAGUUCAUCAGAUGCUUCAUGGUUCCGACUAUAUUCUCGAUCAAAAAUGUGCAAUAUGUUGGUUGCAUUCAAACUUCACAGAGAUGAAUAUCACAACGGAAUCAGCACAUAUUCAGUUCAUCCAGGAAAUGGGGUUAGGACGAGCAUAUUCCGAGAUUCAUGGCUUGUAAGCAUUGCGAGUAUUCUAUCAACUCCAUUUACAAAAAAUAUAAGUCAAGGAGCAUCUACAACAGUUUACUGUGCUGGACACCCAGAAGUUGCAAAUGUUUCUGGAAAGUAUUGGGAUUCAAAUUGGGAUGAUGAGAAAGGUUUAUACGAAGAAGUUGCAAGAGAUGAACAAUUACAAGAUGCUUUAUGGAAACAUUCUGAUAAAAUAUUAGAUAAUAUGUUGAAUGAUAGGAAAAAGUCAUGUCAAUUUGAAUGCUGAUUUACUAUUUAUUGAAUGAAACCAUUUAUAUAAAAA